GAAUCGCCGCACGUCAGCAGCAGCAGCAGCAGCACAUUUUCAGCCCCUGUGUUGUCAGCAGUGUGUCAGCCCGGGGCAUGGCGGUCACAUCAGGCACUCAUUUAUCUCUCCUUUAGUUUUCCACCCCUCUGUGUUGUGUUUUCUCAAGUUUUAUUAGCCGAAAAAGUUAUGCGCGGAUCGGCUCUCUGCGGCGGAGGGAGAAACAGAACCUGCAGCCUGUGAGGAGUCCAUCCGGGAGGUGAAGAUGGGGAAGAAAAGAGGCAAAGACGCGACUCACAGAGAGGAGGAUGACUCGGACGUGACAGGUCUGUCGUGCAGCCACGUCAAGAAGGGCAUCGACCACAGCUUCCUGAAGAAAUGUGCCGGGGCUUUGAACUGGACCGUCUGCCAGGACUGUAAAGAGGACGAGCAGCCCGGCACAGGCCUGCCACAGGAGGAGGAGGAGGAGGAGGAGACGCCAACCAUAUGGAUGUGCUUGAAAUGUGGACACAGAGGCUGUGGACGAAACUCUGAGAACAAACACGCAAUCAAACAUUUCGAGACGGCCAGGUCUGAUCCGCACUGCCUGGUGGCCAGCAUGGACAACUGGAGUGUGUGGUGCUACAUAUGUGAUGAUGAGGUCCAGUACUCCAGGACGGGACAUGUGGCUCAGCUGGUGACCAACAUCAAAAAGCAGCUCACCUCCGCCUCCACAAAGAGAGCAGCACAGAGAAAGCUCAAGGUGGAGAACAGCGCGUUGGAAGAAGAGCAAAAGACCAAGACUGUGAAACCAGAGGAAAGCGAGGACCAAGAAAACAAGGAGAAUCAGAAGAAAAACAGCAAAAAGGAGAACGCUGUGAAAUCGCCGAAGCCUGGCACGGCUGAGGGCAGAAGUACGGCUUCAGUGAAGGGACUGAGCAAUCUGGGAAACACUUGUUUCUUUAAUGCAGUCAUUCAGAACCUCUCCCAAACGCAGCUCUUAAGGCAGACGCUCAAUAAAGUGACAGAAGAGAAGCCGAGCCUCAGUAUCACACCUGGUGCCUCCUCAGACCUGGAGCCAAUCACGGUCCAGCUGGAUCAGCCUGGAUCCCUCACUCUGGCCAUGUGCCAGCUGCUCAAUGAUAUUCAGGAAUCCAAGAAGGGUGUCAUAACACCUCGGGAGCUGUUCACACAAGUUUGUAAAAAGGCUGCAAGGUUCAAAGGAUUUCAGCAGCAGGAUAGCCAGGAGCUCCUGCGCUACCUACUGGAUGGGAUGCGAGCUGAGGAGAUCAAAAGAAUAAACUCUGGGAUUUUGGAGGCACUGAAAAAAUCUGGGAAAGAUGGAGACGGAGAACAGUUGAAAACAUUAGUUAAAGAAUACGAGAAAAAAGGAUCGCCCAAGAACUUCGUCGACCACGUUUUCGGCGGCGAAAUGACCAGUACUGUAAUGUGUCAGGAGUGUAAAACGGUGUCAUUAGUCACAGAGAUGUUUUUGGAUCUUUCCCUCCCUGUUUCGGACGAGGCGUAUAGGAAAAAGAACCAGAAAAAAGGAGCUCAGAGGGCCAGUGAGUCGAGCCAGGACGGCAGAAACAGCCCCGCUUUGACCAAUGGAAAUGAUGACAUCCCCACUGGGGCUGGCAGCAAGUACCAGCAGAAGAAAGCCAAGAAGCAGGCAAAGAAGCAAGCAAAGAAUCAACGGAGGCAGCAGAGGCUUGGGGGGAAGGUCACUUUGGAUAGUCUUACAUCUGCGAGCUGCGCUGAGAAGACGCAGACAGAUCCUGCAGACGCAAAGGAUCAGGAAAAUGCCGAUAAUGGGACUCAAGAAGAGGCGAGUGAAAGAAGCAGUGCAGAAAUGGGCGACUCUGAAAAGAAGCCUGAGAUGCUCAAGGCCGGGGAAAAAGACGAGGAGGAAGAGGAGGAGGAGGAGGAUUCAGUGAUCGACGGCGACUCAUCUGCCACGUCAUCGGCCAGCAAUCGUUUUACCGUCUUAUCAGAGGACCGGCACUCGAAGGACGGCGUCUUGGAAGACGAAAAAACGUCCGACAUGGAUCAAGAAGCAGAGGAGGACGAGCAGCUGGCGGGUGAAAUACAGAAAAUGGCGCUGAACGACGCCUUCAUGGAAGACGCCGAGGGUGCGGAAGGAAGCAUGGAGAGCGAGGACACGCCGCCGGAGGCCAAAGAGUAUACCGUCGUGAACCAAGACCCGGAGCUGGCCUUCCACACGCUGGCUGCCCGGACGGCCCCGGAGAAGCAGGAGUGCUCGGUGCAGUCGUGCCUCUUCCAGUUCACAGAGGUGGAAACCCUCACGCACAACAACAGCCUGCUGUGUGUCACGUGCACCAAACGGCAGCCGCACACAAGCAGCUCUCAAGGAUCCAAGAAGAAUGUUUACACCGAUGCCUUAAAGCAAAUGCUCAUCUCCUCUCCGCCGCCUGUCCUCACUCUUCAUUUAAAGAGAUUUCAACAGAACGGCUACAGCAUCUGUAAGGUGAACAGACACGUCCAGUUCCCUCUGGUGUUGGAUCUAGCUCCGUACUGCGCUCUGAACUGCAAGAACGUGACAGAGGGAGAGACACAGGUUUUGUACAGCCUCUAUGGUAUUGUAGAGCACAGCGGAACAAUGAGAUCAGGCCAUUAUACGGCCUACGUCAAAGUGCGACCUCAGUGCCCGACAUCCUCGUCCAAUGGAUUCACAGCACAAGGAGACGCAGAGCCACCCAAAGGAUCCUGGUAUCAUAUCAGUGACACUAGUGUUCAGCCUGUGACUGAGAGCAAAGUCCAGGGUUCCCAAGCCUACCUCCUCUUCUAUGAAAGGAUCCCUUAAUCAGACGGUCCAACGCAACUCAGGAAAUCCAAACAAGCCAACCCGAUGCUGCUUUAAGUCCGCAAUAAAACAAAAAAAUUGAAAAAAAAAAAAAAAAAAAAAAAAAAAAAAA